AAUAAGAUUUCACUAAUUAUAUAUUCGUACCUAUGUACUUUGCUAUUUUCUUCGAUAAUUUUUCAUCUUACUUCACGUCAUAAUUGAACAUUGGACAGUUUGACAUUUUACGACUCAAUGAACAAACAAGGAAUAAAAGGAAAGAAGAAGACUAAUGAACAUAAAAUUGAAGUGUAAAAAUAUAAAAAUAAUGCAGUAAUUUUUCAAAAUUCCAUAUUAUUAAUCAAAUCUGAUUUUAGAUUAUUUCCGUUCGUGUACAAGUUAGUUGUCCGUAUUUUUAAUUUAUCUAUAUAAUGGCGAAUAUUGCUGCUCAGAGAAUUAAACGAGAAUUCAAAGAAGUAAUAAAAAGCGAAGAGGUUGCAAAAUGUGCUAUUAGAGUAGAACUAUUGAAUGACAGUUACACUGAAUUACGAGGUGAAAUAGCAGGGCCUCCAGAUACCCCCUAUGAAGGAGGCAACUUUGUAUUAGAAAUUAGGGUUCCAGAAACUUAUCCAUUCAAUCCCCCAAAGGUUAGGUUUAUUACACGAAUAUGGCAUCCAAAUAUAUCCUCCGUUACAGGAGCUAUAUGUUUAGAUAUUUUAAAAGACCAAUGGGCUGCUGCUAUGACCUUACGCACCGUUUUGUUGUCUUUACAAGCUCUACUAUCUGCCGCCGAACCGGACGAUCCUCAAGAUGCUGUAGUCGCUAGGCAAUAUAAGGAGAAUCUCGAAAUGUUUACUUUAACAGCAAAACAUUGGACACAUGCUUAUGCGGGAGGUCCUUGUGUAAUUAGCGAUUGUGAUGAAAAAAUUAGACGACUUAUAGAUAUGGGAAUAGAAGAACACAAAGCCAGAGUGUCGUUGUCAUCUUAUAAUUGGGAUUUAGAAAUGGCCACGGAACAGUUAUUCAAUUAGUAAAUCACCUUAAUUUGCGUUAAUUACGGUCAGCGAUAAUUAUUAGUUUUUAAAUUUUUCAAUUUAUUUUCAUUUUCUUUGUAAUAUAUUCUAAUUUGUCUCUG